CUACACGGCCGACGGAUCCAAGUCCGGCAGCUGGCGCUCCGCUUUCUUCAUCCUAGGUGUGGAACUGGCGGAGAGAUUUGCAUAUUACGGGAUAAUGUCCAACCUCAUCAGUUACUUAACAGGGCCGCUGGGACAGUUGAAGGCCACGGCAGCAGAGAACGUGAACACUUGGUUCGGUGUGGCCUCGCUUAUGCCGCUAUUAGGAGCAUUCAUAGCCGAUUCGUAUCUGGGUCAUUAUCCGACCAUUGUCGUCGCUUCUCUGCUUUACAUCCUGGGACUCGGCUUGUUGACUCUUUCUGCUGUCCUUCCUUCUCUGAGCUCUCUUGACUGUAAAAAUGGUGCGAACAUCACGACAUGUUCCCCUUCUCAGUUCCAAGUUAUGCUCUUCUUCUUUUAGCUGUAUGUAGUAGCAGUCGCCCAAGGCGGCCACAAGCCCUGUGUCCAGGCUUUCGGGGCUGGCCAGUUCGAUGGAAAUGAUUCGAAAGAGAGCAAAGCCAGAAGCUCAUUCUUCAAUUGGUGGUUUUUUUGUUUAGCUGGAGGGUCAGCAGCAGCAUCAUUAGUCUUGAAUUACAUUCAGGACAACCUUAACUGGGGUCUUGGGUUUGGAAUCCCGUGUAUUUCCAUGGCGAUUGCGCUGGUUGUAUUUUUAAUGGGGACUAGAACUUAUAGGUACGACACCAAAGGCCACGAUAAGAACCCAUUCUUUAGAAUCGGUAAGGUGUUUGCUAACGCUGCUUGGAAUUUGCGAACUACUAACGCAGUGAGACUUGGUGAAAUAGAAGCUCAGGGAACCCUGCGUCCCGAAAGUUCACAGCAGUACAAGUUCCUUUACAAAGCCUUGCUUGUACCAGUUGGUUCACAUGGAGAAGGGGGAGUUUGUAGGGUCAGUGACAUUGAGGAUGCGAAAGCCGUUCUAAGUGUUCUUCCGAUAUGGGUGUCCGGUUUGGUGUACGCUAUUGCAUGCGCACAACAAUCCACUUUCUUUACGGAGCAAGGAAUCACUAUGGACAGAACAAUUUGGCCAGGCUUCGAGAUACCUCCUGCUACGCUUCAGUUGUUUGUAGGCUUUUCCCUCAUUCUCCUCAUUCCCAUUUACGAUCGCUUUUUCGUUCCUCUCACAAGAGCUAUAACUGGAAGACCCUCAGGCAUAACAAUGCUUCAAAGAAUCGGAAUCGGAAUGUUUGUAUCUAUUAUCUGUAUGAUUGUAGCUGCUAUGGUUGAGACGAAAAGGCUCGGAACUGCCAUGGAAUCGGGGCUCGUUGACAAGCCAAAGGAAACCAUUCCAAUGAGCUUUUGGUGGCUGGUUCCUCAAUAUAUGUUGCUUGGAGUCGCUGAUGUGUUCGCUACGGUUGGUUUGCAGGAGUUUUUCUACGAUCAGGCGCCGAAUGAGUUGAAGAGUGCAGGUCUCUCUCUCUUCCUCAGUAUAGUUGGAGUCGGCAAUUUACUCACUAGCUUUCUCAUCUCUGUCCUGGAGAAAACUACGGGCGGAGAGGGCAAAGACAGUUGGUUCUCCGAUAACCUGAAUCGUGCGCAUCUUGAUUACUUCUAUUGGCUGCUCGCUGGACUUAGUACGAUGGGAUUUGUAUUGUACUUGUACGUCGCAAAAUCUUACGUUUAUAAGUGAUCAGGAAGUGUUUACAUUUGUGAUUAUGAAAUCAAAGGAAUUGUAUAUUUCCGAAUUAUUUGAGCAAAUUUUACAUUUCAGUUUAGUUUAGUAUGAUGUGCC